UUUAAUAUCGGAUUGAUUUGACUAUCAUUAGAAUAUAUGUUCUCCAGAUAUUUUUCUGCUGAGAUCUUCAGCUGGCCUCUGCUGAGCUUCCUCAAAAUGGCUUUUUAUGCUGUGUGAAGCAGAGUGAGCGGUGGAGAGGAGAGAGCACAUCUGAGUCUCGUGGAAACAGCAGGACCGCGUACCACUUGGCCGAGAGAUCGAUGCACUUACGCCGAGCCACACAGAGGGGGUGAGCGGCCCGUAGGACGUCCGUGCACUGCCACAGAGGUACACAGAGGGAGAGAGAGAGAGAGCGAGAGAGCAGGCAAAGGGACAGAGAGAGUGAAGAGCGCAAAGAAGGGAAGAUUACCCAGGGCCAAUUUGAAAGCUUUCGGCUUGUCACUCAGAGCAGAGCAGCAACCCAGGGAGCAACAAUAAAAUAAUAAUAAAAAAAUCAAGUCCAGUUGGUGCUUUCAAGGUGCAGAGUCAGAAGGAGAUUGGCAGCAAGAGAGCAAAGUCCUCGCAGAGAAGGUCUUCGCUCCUCCACAGCUGCCAGUGUAUGGUAGUGUUCACUCGGGCUGUUCCCAGCAUGCCAAUGGCACAACAACAGCAUCACCGGGCCACUGUGCCCACAGCAAGCUGGAUCCUGGCUUUGGCUCUGUCUCUUGCUCUACAGGGUGCCGCUCAUGCUGCUCCAUCAGGAGACAACAAGCUGGUUCGUACCACCAGAGUGAGGAGACAGAUCCCAGGGGGGGAUCUGCCCCCCUCUGAUUCCUCAGCCAACCAGACCCUGCGGGAGCAACCUUUGGUCUUUAACCACGUGUAUAACAUCAACGUACCCUUGGAGUCUCUAUGCUCGGUUGACUUGGACACCUCUGCUCCAUCGGGCCCAAGUGAAAAUUCUCGUGCUGAGUUGGGAUCCAGAGCUUCUGUAGAGGGCCCAGUGGAUUCAAAUGGAGCAACAGAAUACACAGAGCAAACACUGGAUGCUGAGAGUCAGGUGACAUUUACACACCGCAUCAAUAUCCCCAAAGCGGCAUGUGGUUGUCCAGCAACAGCCACAAUCCAGCAGCUCGCCACCCGGGUUGAGAUGCUAGAGAGAGAGGUUUCCAUGCUCAGAGCUCAGUGUGGAUCUGGAUGCUGUGGGGAGAACUCAGCCAUGGGCUGCAGCAGCCACGGCAGCUUCAGCUUUGAUCUGUGCGGCUGCAUCUGCGAGGAAGGGUGGACCGGCAAAAACUGCUCCGAGCCUCGCUGCCCAAAUGACUGCUCUGGUCAAGGGGUAUGUGUUGACGGGGAGUGCAUGUGUGACCGUGACUUUGGAGGUGACAACUGUUCAGAGCCGCGUUGCCCCUCAGACUGCUCAGGCCGUGGAUUGUGUAUCGAUGGGGAGUGUGUGUGUGAGGAGUCCUUCACAGGCGAAGACUGCAUGGUCGGAAGGUGUCUCAACGACUGCUCAGACCAGGGGCUGUGCAUUAAUGGGACGUGCCAGUGCCGGCCUGGUUAUGUGGGAGAGGACUGCUCACUUGUCUACUGUGCCAACAACUGCAGCAAGAAGGGAGUCUGCAAGGAGGGCUUCUGUGUCUGUCAGGAUGGAUAUGCUGGAGAUGACUGCAACUCUGUUGCGCCAGCCAUGAACUUGAAGGUCCGUGGGGUGACAGAUGAAACCAUUGAGCUGGAGUGGGAGGGGUCAAUUGUUCUGACAGAUUUCUUAGUGACCUACACACCAAGCACCCCCGGAGGUGUGCAGCUGGAGAUAAGGAUUCCAGGCAACAUCACUACCUGCACUAUCUCAGGGCUGCAAGCGGGCAUGGAGUACAACAUCAAUGUGUUUGCUGUCAUUAACAAUACUAUCAGCGUUCCUGCCAGCAUUACUGUUUGGACCUACCUCUCAAGUCCAGAUGUUUUAGUCUUCAAAUCCAUCACAGAGACGUCGGUGGAGGUCCACUGGCAACCUUUCUACUAUUCCUUCGAUGGAUGGGAGAUCAGCUUCAUCCCCAAGGACAAUGAUGGAGGGAUGACUACACAGCUGCCCAGCACCAUCACGUCGUUUGUGCAAACUGGUUUGAGGCCAGGCGAAGAAUAUACAGUGAACCUGGUGGCACUCCGAGACCAAGGUCGAAGCCAGCCAGUCACUGCUACUGUCACAACAUUGAUCGAUGGCCCCACUCAGCUGAUUGUGCGGGAUGUGUCAGACACAGUGGCAUUUGUGGAGUGGACGCCACCGAAAGCCAAGAUUGAUCAGAUUGUGUUGCGUUAUGGCCUCGUGGGAGGAGAGGGGCCACGGACCACCUUCCGCCUCCAGCCCACACUCAGCCAAUACUCGCUGCAGGUUUUGCGCCCUGGCUCACGUUACGAGGUGACAGUGAGCGGCGUGAGGAAAGGAAACGAGAGCGGAUCCAUUUCCACUGAAUUUACUACCGAGAUCGAUGCCCCCAAGAACUUGCGGCUCGUGUCCAAGACCUCCACCACACUCGAGCUCGAAUGGGAUAACAGCGAAGCUGAGGUGGAAGGUUACCAGGUGGUUUAUAGCACAUUAGCGGGAGAUCAGUAUGACAAAGUCAUCGUACCGCGCAAUGAGGGAGCCACCACUAAGACUACUCUCACAGACCUGCUUCCAGGCACAGAGUACGGCAUCGGCAUUUCUGCCAUGAAAGGCAACAACCAGAGCACACCAGCCACAAUGAACGCCAGGACGACUCUGGAUGUACCUAUGGAUCUAACUGUGACGGCUUCUACAGACAACACCAUCACUCUGGUGUGGGGCGUAGUCCAGGGCCCCAUUGACCACUACAAGGUCACCUACACAUCAGCCUCUGGCGUCACUAAUGAGCUGACAGUGCCUAAAGAUAUGACCACCACCACUUUGACAGACCUGGAGCCUGGGACUGAGUACACCAUCACUGUAGCAGCAAGACGAGGAAGACAGCAGAGCACUGCAGCUACCAUAGACGCCUUCACAGGAAUCAGACCUGUAACUCACCUCUACUUAUCAGAGGUGACUUCAGACUCUGUGUCAGUGGCGUGGAGCGCCCCAGCACCGCCCGCUGACCUCUUCAUUCUGAGCUACAGCUCUGCCGAUGGGACCGACACCUCUAAGGUGACACUGGAUGGCUCCAAGACGAGGUCACUGAUCCAAGGGCUGCUGCCAUCCACUCAGUACACCGUCAGUCUAAUCACAAUACAGGGGGACGUUACUUCUGAGCCCAUUACAGCAUCACUCACUACAGGCAUCGACCCACCAAAAGACAUGACGGUUUCAGAUGUAACUGAGGACGCUGUGACCAUCUCUUGGAUCAAACCGCUGGCUCCAUUUGAAUAUUAUAAGCUGUCCUACCAGUCGGCCAGAGGUCGAGUAGACAGCGUGGUGAUUGACAGCGAUGUUACAAACUACACCCUGUCCAGUCUGUUUCCUGCCACAGAAUAUGAGAUCAGUCUCAAAGCUGUCAGAGGGAGUCAGGAGAGCAAUGUUGUCAGCACUUCCGUCUUCACAGCAAUGGAUAUGCCAUCUGAGUUGACGGCCCUGAACAUCACUCCACAAGGAGCCCUGCUGAGGUGGAAUCCCCCGGUGUCCAAUGUUGACAACUAUGUGGUGACUCUCACACACAACCAGGUAACGGCUGACACUUUCCUGGUGGAUGGCAACAAGCAGGAGCUGCAGCUGUCCAACCUCAAGCCAAGCACCACCUACUCCGUAGCCCUCUACUCCACCAAAGGACCACUCACAAGUGGCACCGUCAUCACCAACCUUCAAACUCCCAUGGAUGCACCCGUGAACCUGACAGCCAGUGAAGUGAAUCACCGCAGUGCCCUCAUUUCAUGGCAACCGCCAAUUGCCGAAAUAGACAACUACAUGCUCACAUACAAGACACCUGAUGGCAGCCGUAAAGAGCUGAUUCUCGAUGCAGAGGACACAUGGAUUCGACUGGAGGGACUGGCUGAGACUACAGAGUACACUGUCAAGUUGCAGGCUGCGAGAGGACUAGACACCAGUGCUGUAGUCUCCACUACCUUUACUACAGGGAGUCGCCUGUUUGCAACACCUCAGAACUGCGCCCAACACCUGCUAAAUGGAGAGACUCUGAGCGGUGUCUAUACCAUUUACAUCAACAGAGACCCCAGCCAGGGUGUGCAGGUGUACUGUGACAUGACCACGGAUGAAGGAGGCUGGAUUGUAUUCCAGCGUCGUCAGAAUGGCCUGACAGACUUUUCCAGGAAGUGGAGCGAUUAUCGCGUUGGUUUUGGGAACCUGGAGGAUGAGUUCUGGCUUGGUCUAGACAACAUUCAGAGGAUUGCUGCUCAGGGGCGUUAUGAACUGAGGAUUGACAUGAGGGAUGGACAGGAGUCAGUCUACGCCAAUUAUGACAAGUUCUCCAUUGGAGAUGCAAGAAACCUCUACAAGCUGAGGAUAGGAGAAUACAAUGGCACUGCUGGUGACUCUUUGAGCUACCACCAGGGUCGGCCCUUCUCGACAAAAGACAGAGACAAUGACAUUGCUGUCACUAACUGUGCCUUGUCAUACAAAGGAGCCUGGUGGUACAAAAACUGUCACCGGGCCAACCUCAAUGGCAAAUACGGCGAGUCCAGACACAGCCAGGGUAUCAACUGGUACCACUGGAAAGGCCACGAGUUUUCCAUUCCCUUUGUGGAGAUGAAGAUGAGGCCGUUCAAUUUCCGCAGCAUCAGCAGCAAGAGGAGGCGGUCUGCCCCUGUAUAAACGAACCACCACAAUCCAGCCCAGAGUCAUCGAUAAAUUGAGUUCGGAUGUUGAGUUUUUGCUAUUUGCGUACCUCACUGACAGGAGCAGCAGGCUGGAAUGUGACCGCGGCGGGGCACGUUAGUGAGGCUCAAAGAAGAGGCAGAAUAUGACAAAAAGAUACUAAUAUUUUAUUAAAAGAUUAAUAUACUACCAACAAUGAGAGGGUGUUAUAACCAUGGAUGUAAUGAUAAAUUAGCAGAGAGGCUGAAGCAACGUCCGAACUCUGUUGAUCUCUGCACCUGCCCAGCUUCUUUCCCUGCUGUACUUCUACCCAGAAGUUAGAAGACACUGUAUGUAAUUUAUUAAAUACUUUGAAUGACAAUGGUUCUGUUUGCUGUAUAAAACAAAACAAAACUAAAAAAAAAAAAAAAAAAAAAAAAGCAGAGAGGAAAGGCAAACCAAGAAGCUUCGUUUUUUUCUGUUAAUCUGUGAUUUGUCUUUUCCUAGGAUGUGCUCAGAAAUGCCCUCAGGAGUGAGAGCUAGCAUUAUUUUAACCGUUACUAAAUAACACUUUUAACUAAAAGAAAAAACAAACAAAAAAACUGUAUAUGCCCUUAAAACCCUUAUCUGUAAUAUAUAUAUAUAUUUUUAUACCUGAUAUCGUGACAAAGUCCAUUUAUUUAACAUGAUUUGAUGCCUUGGUUUUUGAUCCUGUAUUAAGUUAACAUAAUGACAAAUUUUGGAUUCUGGAAAAUUAGCAUUAAAAGCGAAAACGGAACAUCCGGAGUUAGCGUUCACAAAGCAGUGCACCAGCAGCAGCUUCGUAAACAUUUGUUUUAUUUAUUCUGUUACAUUAUCCUUGGUGUGAUAUUUAAAGCAGAAUGAAAAUAACUAUCUGUAUUAUUAUUAUUAUUAUUGGUGGCCACACUGAGACAGUAUUUGCACUGUGAGUGGGAACACAGCAAAGCUAUUGUCGUUCAUUGAGUUCAUUUCUUUAGUUGCUAAUGGGCGUUAUAUUUUUCCUGCUCUUCUUUUUUGAGCAUAUUACAAUCACCUAAUUGCUGUUUGACCCCUGCUAUAGAUGCUGUGAUUGCUUGCAGAGAUGGUGCUGAUAGAUGCAACAUUUAACCAAAGACCUGCAUAAUAAAGGCCCGGCCUGCUGUUUGGAAAGAUGCCAGUCACUUCUAUCACCAAAGUCACUGAAGCAGCUUUCCCCUAUGUUAAUAGAGUCCCACUUUUCAGGGCCUUUUAUGGUAACCAUGUCCCCGGGCGUCAUUUUAUGCAUUAUGAUCACUAAAUUCUAUGCAGGGGAAAGUCUGGGUACAGUGCGUGUUUUAGCCUGCCUCUCUCCCACUGCUGGCUGAAACGAAGCUAACAAAGAAAGCAGAACAGUCGGUGGAGAGGAGCCAAGGCUUUCUUCUGUGCUCCUCUUUUACUCGCUUCGCAAUUUAAGCUCCCCUGGUGAAACAAUAAAAAUCAGCAAACACAGCUGAGCCUGUCUUCUUUUUUAGCAGGGUGGGUGUAAUCUGCAGCAUGCCCACCAAACAUUUUGUUUUAAUUCACCGCUCACAGAGUCACACAAAGAGUUGGGUGCCAGUUGGUUUUCUUGGAAUCGUUUUCUUGCAGUUUCCUGCCUCCUCUGCGGGAGGAAAAAAUGGGGUCUGCGGAGUCUGAGGAGGAACCACACAUGACCGACUCUGCUCUCUGGCCUUAAACUAUCAAUGAAAAGAAAAUGUAUUCUCGAUAACAAUCCAUAGAAAUCAGUGCCACCAUCGCUGCAAGCAACAUUUUGUGUCACAUUCAAUUUUCUGAAUCCUUUUUUCGCCUCUUUGAUCAGCUGGAUAGCGUGUUCUUCUUUGCUGCUUCACUUUUCUCACUGAAGUGAGCCAGCAGCUCUGGCUCCUAUGGUUACUGUGUAUAUUUUUUUUUUUUUAUAAUUUUUCCCCUCUUUAGACUUGAAAAUAUUAGUAACUCUCCCCUCUAUUAACUUACUAAUAAUAUAUUCAUGUAGAUAUAGAGCUGAAAAUACUGUGUCUUUUGAUGUGUUCCCCCUUUAGAUGCAAACUAAUUCAGCAAGCGCUCUUGAACGUCUCCAUUUUAACUGCUGUAUUUUUAACCAGUGUUGUGCUAAAGGAGGGAUGGAGACUUCUGCAUGUCCACUAAACUGCAAACAAGAGCCUGGUAGGAAAUAACGAAAGUCCUGAAGAUGUGUUUCAAUUUGAUUUGUAGUCACGUUUCUUUGCUGAUCUGGGUAAAAGGUGCUCCUGAAGUGGUUUGUUAGGUAGAAGAUGUAGAUCACUUUGAUUAUCAGCCUCUAAGUCAGGUGAUCACAUGAUGUCUCCUAAGUCUGAUUUAUGUUUCAGUGUCUAAGUGACUGCUUCAGACUCCCUCGUGCAGUCCACCUCCCAUAGUGAUUUAUAAUCGAGUAGAGAAUUAACUGUACUUCUUUCAUUAACUAAUUAGAUGAAGUUUGCCUCAGUGGGUUUUUUGUAUGAGGAACAAAGGUUGGGAAGCUUUGCAGAAAAGGAAAAGAAUGUCAUUUGCAUUGUGAGGGAUAGUUCUCACUGCAAAUUAUAUGGUGCUCUUAAACCCGAGAAGAAAGUUAAUGUUAUAUUUUAUAUGUUUUUCUUUUUUUUUUUUUUUUUUUUUUUUUCUUUUUUGCAAUAAUCCUUCAACGGUUUCAAACUGUGUCACAGAGACUUGAAAUUAUACAGAAAAAAAAAAGCCUGAAAUAUUUUCUUUAUUAUUUACUUCUCUCAUCAUGUGAAAUCAAGUUCUGUUCUUUUUUCUUUUUUUUUGUGACAUUUGGUCUAUAUUUUGUGUUUUCUAUAAUAUUUUCAAUCUACCGUACAGCAUCUGGUUUAAAGAGUGCAUUUCGCCCCAGUUGCUUAAACUUAAGACUCAUUACUUUUGCCAGACUGUAUUACUGCUUGUACUGAGCUUCUUACAAAAAGGCCUGUCACAAUGCCACCUUUGAUAUUAUAUGAUCAUUUUAUGCCGCCGAUAUACUGACAGCAUAAUAAUUGGGGCAUACCCAAAUGCUUCAAAGCUUGGAACGUGUCCAUCCAAAUCAUAUGCUUCUUUUAUUUUACAUCAAGUUAGCUAAAACAUUGGUGACAUUCUCGAUAGACACAACAUUGAUAUUGAUGACGUGCCCAUAUGUUGUAUAAUUACCCAGUAAUGUAUUUAUCUUGACAGGCCCCAGUUACAGGAGAGGACAUCUGUCCCCUUUAUUUAUUUCACUGCUAUUUAUUUUCCAGUUUCUUUGUGACUGGUGUGACACAACAACAAAAAAUAUUUUAUUUAUUGUGUUUGUGUUCACAGAUGAAUUAACUGAUAUUGCCACUGUGGUUGGUAAUAGCUGUUAUAUAGGCAGAUACUGUAACUGCAUCCAUUUGAAAUCUCGCCAUGGAAAUGUAAAUGUUGCUAAAAUGUGAUCUUGACUGUUUGAAAAGCUCAUAUAAGCUGAAUCUAGGAUUUAUUGUUGGAUAACCUUGGAUAUUACCGUCAAAUUUAGCUCUAGUUUGACUUAAACAUGUACUAUAUAGUUCCUUUUUUAAUACAUUUUCUACAUAUUAAUAAAAUAUUCAAAUAGUCUGA